CUAUAGUACCUCGACAGCGGCGCGAGCAACCACAUGACCGGGAACCUCGCGGCCUUCUCCGAGCUCGACACCGGAGUCGUCGGCACCGUGAUGUUCGGGGACAACUCCGGCGUCGACAUCCAGGGGCGCGGCACGGUCGUGUUCCAGUGCAAGAAUGGCGAGCACAAGGCGCUGACGGAUGUGUACUACAUCCCCAAGCUCCGAAGCAACAUCGUCAGUAUUGACCAGCUCGACGAGCGAGACUGCCAGGUGCUAAUCGGCGGCGGCGUGCUCCGGAUCAGGGACCGCGAGCAGAAGCUGCUCGCCAAGGUCGAGCGCGGCAGGAAUCGCCUCUACACCUUGGCGCUGCGCAUUGCGCGCCCGGUGUGCUUGGCGGCAAGGUGCGACGAUGCGGCAUGGCGCUGGCACGCGCGCUUCGGCCAUUUGAGCUUCGAUGCUCUGGCCAGGAUGGCGCGGCAAGGCAUGGUGCGAGGGCUGCCACUGAUCGAGCGUGCCGGCGAGCUGUGCGACAGCUGCCUUGCCGGGAAGCAGAGGAGGCUGCCGUUCCCCAAGAAGGCGAGCUACCGCGCUAGCAACACCCUCGAGCGAGUCGCAGGGGACACCCUCGAGUGCGACACAGGGGGCACCCUCGAGCGAGUCGCAGGGGACACCCUCGAGUGCGACACAGGGGGCACCCUCGAGCGAGUCGCAGGGGGCACCCUCGAGCGAGGCGCAGGGGAUACCCUCGAGCGAGGCGUAGGGGGCACCCUCGAGAGCGGCACAGGUGACACCCUCGAGCGAGGCGCAGGUGACACCCUCGAGAGCGGGGCAGGGGACUCCGAUCUCCGCCGCAACGAGCACCGUUUCGUCGAUUCGCUUCGUCACGCCUCCGCCGAGCGCCUCCCUGAACAUCGACGCCGAUUACUCCGGCGAGCCACUCCGAUUCCGUCUGGUGGAUGACAUCGUUGGCAU